AAAUUAAAUUGCAAUUAAGUCGACUUUUAUUACUUCUACACGUAUAACUUUCAGUUCAAACAAUGAAAUUCACUUUGGCACUAUUAGUUGUUGCAGCCAUUCUUGGUUGUGUUUUGAGUUGCUCUGAUAAAGAUUUUGCUGAAUUUAAGCAAAAAUUCAACAAGAACUACGCAUCAAGGGAAGAAGAUGGCAAUCGCAAGAAAAUUUUCUGUAAGAACUUAAAGAAAAUUGAAGCUCAUAAUGAACUUUACAAAAAGGGUCUCACAACUUAUACCCAAGGUGUUAACCAAUUUUCUGAUUUGACUCAAGAAGAAUUCCAAAACAGUGGUUAUGUAAUGCGCCCAGGCUUCGGCAGAAAUUAAAUAAAAAAACUGAAGUAAAAAAUAAAAAUUGCAAAAAUUCUCA